AUGAAUCUCACUCUCUCUCACUCACUUUCUCUUUCUCUCUCUCGCUCUCUCUUUCUCUCUCUCAUUUUUCUCUCUCUUUCUCUCUCUCUCUCUCUCUCUCUCUCUCUCUCUCUCUCUCUCUGUUUCUCUUUGCAGUUUCUUUCCACCUCUCUAUUUCCACUUCUCUUGCUAUUUCCACCUCUCUUUCUCUCUCUCUCUCUCUCUCUCUUUAUCUCUCUCUUUCCACCUAACUCCACUUUCCACCUCUCUCUCCACCUCGUUCUCUCUUUCCACCUCUCUCUCUUUCCACAUCUCUCUCUUUCCAUCUCGCUUCCUCUUUCGACCUCUCUCUUUCCACCUCUCCCUUUUCACCUCUCUCUUUCCACCUCUCUCUCUCUCUUUCCACCUACCUCUGUCUUUCCACCACUCCCUUUUCAUCUCUCUCUUUCUACCUUUCUCUUUCCACCUCUCUCUCUCUCUCCACCUCGCUCUGUCUUUCCACCUCUCUCUUUCCACCUCACUCUCAUUCCAACUCUCUCUCUUUCCACCUCGCUUCCUCUUUCCACCUCUCUCUUUCCACCUCUCCCUUUUCACCUCUCUCUUUCCACCUCUCCCUCUUUCCACCUCGCUUCCUCUUUCCACCUCUCCCUUUUCACCUCUCUCUUUCCACCUCUCUCCCUCUUUCCACCUCUCUCUCUCUCUUUCCACCCCUCUCUCUCUUUCCAUCCAACUCUGUCAUUCCACCACUCCCUUUUCAUCUCUCUCUUUCUACCUGUCUCUUUCCACCUCUCUCUUUCCACCUCGCUCUCUUUCCACCACACUCUCUCUCUCUCUUUCCACCUCUCUCUCUCUUUCCACCUCCCUCUCUCUCUCUCCACCUCGCUCUGUCUUUCCACCUCGCUCUCUUUCCACCACUCUCUCUCUCUUUCAACCUCUCUCUCUUUCCACUACUCUCUCUCUCUUUCUACCUCGCUCUCUUUCCACCACUCUCUCUCUCUUUCCACCACUCUCUCUCUCUUUCCACCACUCUCUCUCUUUCCACCACUCUCUCUCUUUCCACCACUCUCUCUCUUUCCACCUCUCUGUUGCUUCCACUCGCUCACUCUCUAUCACUCGUUCACUCUAUCUCUGAGCCCCUCUCUCUUGCUCUCUCUCUCUCCCCUUCUCUAUCGCUUACUCUCCCCCUCUAUAUCUAUCUCUUCCACUCCUCGCUCUCUCUCUCCAUCACGCUCUCGCUCGCUCACUCUCUAUCUCGUUCUCUCUAAGCUCCCUCCUCUCUAUCGCUCAUUCUCUCCCCCCUCUCUCGCUCUCUCUCUCUAUCUUUGCCCCUCUUUCUCUCUCUCUCUCUCUCUCUGCCCCUCUCUCUUUCGCUCGCUCACUCUCCCUUCUUUUUCUGUUUCGUUGUUUCAGCGCAUUAACAAAUUGCGUCUUGUUGAUAUCUUCUCUUCCUAUCUAUCUUCCUAUCUAUCUAUCUAUCUAUCUAUUAUAUCUAUUUAUUUAAUCUUUUAUAAAUUUCUGUCUCUCUCUCUAUCUAUCAAUCCUUCCUGCUUUACUAUCUAUCUAUCUAUCUAUCUAUCUAUCUAUCUAACAAUCAGGAGACGGUGA